CGAUCCCAUGGUCAGACCCACUGUCCGCGCCACCACCACCACCACCACCACCACCACCACCACCACCACCACCACCACCACCACCACCACCACCACCACCACCACCACCACCACCACCACCACCACCACCACCACCACCACCACCCCCACCACCCCCAAUACUAUUCCCCCCCUUGGGGCCACGACGGCCCCGACGCGGGCGCAGCUGCGGGGACGGCGGUGACAAAGGCGGUAAGGGUGUGGUCACCUGG